AGGUCAAGAGAGAUCAUCGCAUGCGGUUUACAUGAAUGCGCAUCGACCGUCGCGACGCGAUGGUUGACACCGAGGAUCGCGCAAAACCGCGGAUGGAGAGCGCAAGAUCUGCUCGAAUUGAUUGUGCAGUUUAUGAGAGAGCAUGCUCGAAACUUAAGGCGCUUUUUGCUAGUGCAAACAACGAUCGACUGCAGCGCCGCGCCAAGCGAUGCGAAAAGAGAGAGUUUUUUACUGUAUGCAUAGACAAACAGGGUCAUACUUAUAACGCGCUUGUGGUUUCUCGUUGGGUGGUGGGCUUGGACCGUAUGUGUGCCUCCCCCAGUCGGUGUGGGGAUCGAGAUCGAUCGAGGACCCGCUUACUGACUGAGCCGAAGAGCGCGCGCGCAUUCGCUCAAUCCGAUCAGUCGUAUUUUCGUACUCGUCGGGUUAACACUAGAGAGGAGGCUUGCAACUCAGUCAGGUGUCUUUCGAAUCCAUUCGAAUUUGGUCGAUCAAGUUGAGUUUGAAUAGGUGUGUGCGGUUAAUUCGGAUAAGGAAAGUAGGAGAUGAUUACCUUUCGCUGAGCUGCUGCCGCGUAUGUGAGAGAUCCACCAUCUAUCGAAAGUGCCAGAGGAAGCAUAAAAGAGUGAAACGUCAAUUACUAUUUUUUGGGGGAAAUGUUUUAAGAUUUGAGAUCGAGUAAAUUAAAUUGACGCAAAAGUGUGUUACAAUUUCAUCGUCGAAUUGAGAUCGUGACCCGUGGGAAUCCAUCAAACGACGAAGCCGCCGAAACUCUUCACUCUACGCAACAGACCAAGCUGCCAAUGAAGUCAACAUGAAGAUCCUGGUGCGAUUCACUGGUUUAACAACCCCGUUGCUGUUGCUGCUGCUGCUGGCGUUCGAUCGAGCAUCAUAUGCAACUGCACUUAUCAUACCUGAAGAGCUGCCUUCCAUUCUCUCUCUAGUCUACUCUAAUAUUCCACCAAUCAAAAAAGGAACGGACUCUCGGCUCGGUUUUGGCUUCCGACUGGGUGAACACGCCGACUUCCAGGUGCAAUUCGAAAUCGGCCCACAGCAAAGAACUAGACCAAUAGGUUCAUCAUCUAGUAGCAGUAAACGUGACGUAGAUUCAGAUGAUUAUCAACAGUACAUUAGGAAAAAGCAAUUUCCAUUGCCCUCCAACCCGGCCGGCAAAUCCUGGCUGGAAGUAUGGUCCAAGGAAACCCGCAAGAAGCAACAGUUCAACAAGGACAAACACCGGGAUGCUGUGGCAGUUCCAUCCGGUAUGCCGGCGUCACCCACCAUUAACGAAUCCGCCUACAACCAGCUGCAGGCGCUGUACGGUAUGAACCGACCUAGCAAGGAGGAAUCCAUCGGAACCAUUCCGGCAGCGGUGUUGGACGCCAGACUGAAGCAACUGCAAACCCUUCGUGAGGAAGUGACGCCAUUCAAACCGAUGCCAACGGGCGCCGAUAGCGAUGCCAAUGAAGUCGACGCCAAGAAACCAUUGGCCGAUGCAGUGCCUUUUAAACCUAUGCCGGUGACCGAAUCGAAGAAACCGCUCGAGAAUGGUCCUGAGCCGAGGAAGAAUCUGCGAAGGCGGAAAAACCCCACCGGCAAUGGGCCACGGGAGAAGGACAAGAUUUCGGCCGAUUUGGCGGACGUUUCGCUGGAUUGAGAGACUGCGGUGGAUUGUGCAUUGAAUAUUAUAUAUGAUAGGACGCAAUUAUUGUUUUAACCUGAAUGAGUGAGACGAGAGCGUGGGUCUGUACGGAUGUCAGGGUGAAUGGUUUCUUUCUAGUUUUCUUUUUAACCUCGGGAUACCUGUGGCACAGAGCAGUCGUCGACACUGGCAACCUAUGGAUGGAAGUACUUCUGUAAAUAUUACUGGUGUUUAGGAUGUGAUAUCGAACUAUUUAUGCUGUUACUCGAAAGCACGCGAAUGGAAGUUAACUAUUUAUUUGAAGUAAGGUGAAACAAACAAUAAAGAAUAAGGUGCAAUUGGAAACCAAAUCUGGAAAAUAAACGAAGCGCUGCUGGUGAGACCUCUUCA